CUCGACACCGGACCAAGCCGGAGAGACAUACAUAGACAAGAUGGAGCAGUACAUGAAGCUUGAGAAGAUCGGGGAGGGCACGUACGGUGUGGUGUACAAGGCACGGGACCUGCUCACCAACGACUUUAUCGCCCUCAAGAAGAUUCGCCUCGACGCCGAGGACGAGGGUGUUCCCUCGACCGCCAUCCGCGAGAUUUCGCUGCUCAAGGAGCUCGAGCACCCCAACAUUGUGCGGCUCCACGACGUGGUGCACUCGGACAAGAAGCUGUACCUUGUGUUUGAGUACCUUGACCAGGACCUCAAGAAGUACAUGGACUCUGUGUCGGGCCUGCUCAAGCCCGCACUGGUCAAGAGCUACCUCCAGCAGCUGCUGGAGGGCAUUGCGUUCUGCCACUCGCACCGUGUCCUCCAUCGCGACCUCAAGCCGCAGAACCUCCUCAUCGACCGCAACGGUGUGCUCAAGCUCGCCGACUUUGGCCUCGCACGCGCGUUCGGCAUCCCGGUCCGCACCUACACCCACGAGGUGGUGACUCUCUGGUACCGUGCACCCGAGAUCCUGCUUGGCUCGCGCCACUACUCGUGCCCCGUGGAUGUGUGGUCGAUCGGGUGCAUCUUUGCUGAGAUGGCGUCCAAGAUCCCGCUCUUCCCGGGCGACUCGGAGAUCGACAACCUCUUCCGCAUCUUCAAGAUCCUCGGCACUCCCAACGAGACCAUCUGGCCGGGCGUCUCGGCGCUGCCGGACUUCAAGUCGUCGUUCCCCAAGUGGCAGCCGAAGAACCUCGCCUCGGUCGCCACCAACCUCGGCCCCGACGGCAUUGACCUCCUCUCGCAGAUGCUCGAGUACGAGCCCUCGCGCCGCAUCUCGGCCAAGGCUGCUCUCUCGCACCCCUACUUUCUCGAGUAGACACCGCGACGUGAACGCUCUGUAAAUCCCUUUGUACCCUC